AUGUUUAACAAGGGCGGGGUGCAAAAUUCGGACCCUCCAGCUUGGAAACGUCGAUCGGUACUUUUACAACCUAUUAAGCUUCCUAAGGGGGACAAGUCUCAAGACGAUGUUAGUACCGAGUCGGUCACCAAUGAUGCACAACGUCACUUGCUAGAAGAAAAGACCAAGAUGUCCUACGCAAAGGUUAAAAGCUCCGAGUCGCUCGUGGAUGCUGCAUUGCAGGAACGCAAACUGCGGGAAGAGCAGGAGCGUCGCACAGUACAGGAAGUUCGUGAUGCUAUGGCCAAGAAAUCGUCCUAUGAUCUUGAAAGUGAUCACGCUUACAACCACUUGGUGAAGCAGAAAGAGCACGAACGGUUGGCGGAACAGAAGGCUAAGGAGUCACUCGCGCAGUACACUAGCAAUGGACAGACGUUUGAAGCGGAAAAACGAGAGCAGCAGCGACAUCUGGAGGAAACGGAGCGCAAGAAGGAAAAGGAUACCAAGGAUCUCCACGCUACAACGACAUAUUCCACCGAGUUCGACCACUCGUAUAAUCACUACCAGAAACAGCGCAAGACGGCGACGAAAGCGGAGCAGGAAGCGCAAAAGGCGCUUGGAAAUUAUUCAGGAGGCAAAACAUAUUUUGAAGAGCAGCUAGAUGAGAAGAAACGUCAGCAGCAACUGGAUCGGCAGAACGAGCAACAAGCUAAGGAAGCUAAGAGCAACUUCUCAUCGCCUAACUUUGAUCGCGUUUACAUUCACGCAAAGGAAAUUGCACAGGUGGAAAAAGAGGCCGAGGAAAAGGCCAAGGCGGCGCUUUCGAAAUGCGACCAGCGUGACGUUUCGCAUAAAUAUGUCAUGAAGAACGGCAUGAUGGUGCUUAAACGCGCUGAGAGUGCUGAAACUCCGAAAGCCAAGCGCUACCCGUUUACAGACCCUACUGCACGAAUCAAGAAACCGAGUCCUCAGUCUAUGAAAGCACUUGCUAGAUUCCAAGCGCAACUUGCCGAAACUCGUACACGAGAAGAGCAGAAAGCAGAACAGAAAGAAUUUGAUGAAGCUGCACGCAAGGUGUCGUGGGAGUCCACGCGCAAAAUGUCUAUGGACUCGGUUGGAUCCAUGGGGUCUGUGCGAAAUCAGUCUCUUGGUGAAAUCGACAUUGAACAGGUCAACGCAAUUGUCGAUAAGACCGAGCUCGAUGUUCGCUCCGCGGCUCAGAAGUUUGCAGAGAUGGAUCGUAAAGCUGCUGAAUUGGCUAAACAGAAUAAGAAGCCUUUGACAUUCAAUGGUAUAUCCUACGGACAUAGUGGACAAGUCUUUCGUACAAAAGAGCAAGAACGGAAGGAGGCCAGACACAAGCAUGAAAUGGCUACACGAAUUCAGUCUUGUGUGCGUGGAGUGAUUGCUCGCAACGCAUAUAUCAAUAAACUCAGUGCUGCCGGGAAAAUUGCAAUUCGAAUCCAGACUGAGUAUCGUCGGCGCCAAGCCCAGAAGCAGGUUGAAGACCUCCGUCAGCGACUGCAGCGCGAACAGUCAUGCGCAGUGGUUAUUCAAAAGAUUGUACGUGGUCGAGUCCAAUGGAAUCGCUAUCAGACCGAAGUUGCAGUCCGAAAAACUGCUGUCAUUUUGCUGCAGUCCCUCGUUCGUUCCAGACAAACUCAGGCUGCUUACACUAAGCAAACGAAGGCAGUCCAUGAUAUUCAAGAGUUUGCGGCUCGAAUAUUGGCAGGCCGACACGCCAGGAAAAAGGUUGCAUGGCUUCGGAAAGAGCGCGAUGCAGCCACAGUAAUUCAGUCCAUGUUUAGAAUGCGAGGAGCAAUUUCUCAUGCUCAAACACGACUUGACGCUGUUAUUCGCGUUCAGUGUGCUUGGCGCCAGGUUGAAGCACGAAGUGAAGUUUUACGCAUAAAACACGAGGCGGAGGUUGCCCGUCAAGCAGAGAUCGAGAGCAACAUGGCGACGAAGAUCCAGAGCCACUGGCGUGGUAUGGCUGCUCGAUCUGAGGUGUCUACGCUGCGUGCUAUGGCUGCUGAAGUUGCUGCUGCCAAGGCUGCCGCAGCUGAAGAGGAAGCCGCCAAGGUGGCCGCCAAGAUGGCCGCCGAGGAGGCUGCCCGUCAAGCAGAGAUCGAGAGCAACAUGGCGACGAAGAUCCAGAGCCACUGGCGUGGUAUGGCUGCUCGAUCUGAGGUGUCUACGCUGCGUGCUAUGGCUGCUGAAGUUGCUGCUGCCAAGGCUGCCGCAGCUGAAGAGGAAGCCGCCAAGGUGGCCGCCAAGAUGGCCGCCGAGGAGGCUGCCCGUCAAGCAGAGAUCGAGAGUAACAUGGCGACGAAGAUCCAGAGCCACUGGCGUGGUAUGGCUGCUCGAUCUGAGGUGUCUACGCUGCGUGCUAUGGCUGCUGAAGUUGCUGCUGCCAAGGCUGCCGCAGCUGAAGAGGAAGCCGCCAAGGUGGCCGCCGAGGAGGCUGCCCGUCAAGCCGAGAUCGAGAGCAACAUGGCGACGAAGAUCCAGAGCCACUGGCGUGGUAUGGCUGCUCGAUCUGAGGUGUCUACGCUGCGUGCUAUGGCUGCUGAAGUUGCUGCUGCCAAGGCUGCCGCAGCUGAAGAGGAAGCCGCCAAGGUGGCCGCCAAGAUGGCCGCCGAGGAGGCUGCCCGUCAAGCAGAGAUCGAGAGCAACAUGGCGACGAAGAUCCAGAGCCACUGGCGUGGUAUGGCUGCUCGAUCUGAGGUGUCUACGCUGCGUGCUAUGGCUGCUGAAGUUGCUGCUGCCAAGGCUGCCGCAGCUGAAGAGGAAGCCGCCAAGGUGGCCGCCAAGAUGGCCGCCGAGGAGGCUGCCCGUCAAGCAGAGAUCGAGAGUAACAUGGCGACGAAGAUCCAGAGCCACUGGCGUGGUAUGGCUGCUCGAUCUGAGGUGUCUACGCUGCGUGCUAUGGCUGCUGAAGUUGCUGCUGCCAAGGCUGCCGCAGCUGAAGAGGAAGCCGCCAAGAUGGCCGCCGAGGAGGCUGCCCGUCAAGCCGAGAUCGAGAGCAACAUGGCGACGAAGAUCCAGAGCCACUGGCGUGGUAUGGCUGCUCGAUCUGAGGUGUCUACGCUGCGUGCUAUGGCUGCUGAAGUUGCUGCUGCCAAGGCUGCCGCAGCUGAAGAGGAAGCCGCCAAGGUGGCCGCCAAGAUGGCCGCCGAGGAGGCUGCCCGUCAAGCAGAGAUCGAGAGCAACAUGGCGACGAAGAUCCAGAGCCACUGGCGUGGUAUGGCUGCUCGAUCUGAGGUGUCUACGCUGCGUGCUAUGGCUGCUGAAGUUGCUGCUGCCAAGGCUGCCGCAGCUGAAGAGGAAGCCGCCAAGAUGGCCGCCGAGGAGGCUGCCCGUCAAGUAGAGAUCGAGAGCAACAUGGCGACGAAGAUCCAGAGCCACUGGCGUGGUAUGGCUGCUCGAUCUGAGGUGUCUACGCUGCGUGCUAUGGCUGCUGAAGUUGCUGCUGCCAAGGCUGCCGCAGCUGAAGAGGAAGCCGCCAAGAUGGCCGCCGAGGAGGCUGCCCGUCAAGCAGAGAUCGAGAGCAACAUGGCGACGAAGAUCCAGAGCCACUGGCGUGGUAUGGCUGCUCGAUCUGAGGUGUCUACGCUGCGUGCUAUGGCUGCUGAAGUUGCUGCUGCCAAGGCUGCCGCAGCUGAAGAGGAAGCCGCCAAGGUGGCCGCCAAGGUGGCCGCCAAGAUGGCCGCCGAGGAGGCUGCCCGUCAAGCAGAGAUCGAGAGUAACAUGGCGACGAAGAUCCAGAGCCACUGGCGUGGUAUGGCUGCUCGAUCUGAGGUGUCUACGCUGCGUGCUAUGGCUGCUGAAGUUGCUGCUGCCAAGGCUGCCGCAGCUGAAGAGGAAGCCGCCAAGGUGGCCGCCAAGAUGGCCACCGAGGAGGCUGCCCGUCAAGCAGAGAUCGAGAGUAACAUGGCGACGAAGAUCCAGAGCCACUGGCGUGGUAUGGCUGCUCGAUCUGAGGUGUCUACGCUGCGUGCUAUGGCUGCUGAAGUUGCUGCUGCCAAGGCUGCCGCAGCUGAAGAGGAAGCCGCCAAGGUGGCCGCCAAGAUGGCCGCCGAGGAGGCUGCCCGCCAAGCAGAGAUCGAGAGCAACAUGGCGACGAAGAUCCAGAGCCACUGGCGUGGUAUGGCUGCUCGAUCUGAGGUGUCUACGCUGCGUGCUAUGGCUGCUGAAGUUGCUGCUGCCAAGGCUGCCGCAGCUGAAGAGGAAGCCGCCAAGGUGGCCGCCAAGAUGGCCGCCGAGGAGGCUGCCCGUCAAGCAGAGAUCGAGAGUAACAUGGCGACGAAGAUCCAGAGCCACUGGCGUGGUAUGGCUGCUCGAUCUGAGGUGUCUACGCUGCGUGCUAUGGCUGCUGAAGUUGCUGCUGCCAAGGCUGCCGCAGCUGAAGAGGAAGCCGCCAAGGUGGCCGCCAAGAUGGCCGCCGAGGAGGCUGACCGUCAAGCAGAGAUCGAGAGUAACAUGGCGACGAAGAUCCAGAGCCACUGGCGUGGUAUGGCUGCUCGAUCUGAGGUGUCUACGCUGCGUGCUAUGGCUGCUGAAGUUGCUGCUGCCAAGGCUGCCGCAGCUGAAGAGGAAGCCGCCAAGGUGGCCGCCAAGAUGGCCGCCGAGGAGGCUGCCCGUCAAGCAGAGAUCGAGAGUAACAUGGCGACGAAGAUCCAGAGCCACUGGCGUGGUAUGGCUGCUCGAUCUGAGGUGUCUACGCUGCGUGCUAUGGCUGCUGAAGUUGCUGCUGCCAAGGCUGCCGCAGCUGAAGAGGAAGCCGCCAAGAUGGCCGCCGAGGAGGCUGCCCGUCAAGCCGAGAUCGAGAGCAACAUGGCGACGAAGAUCCAGAGCCACUGGCGUGGUAUGGCUGCUCGAUCUGAGGUGUCUACGCUGCGUGCUAUGGCUGCUGAAGUUGCUGCUGCCAAGGCUGCCGCAGCUGAAGAGGAAGCCGCCAAGGUGGCCGCCAAGAUGGCCGCCGAGGAGGCUGCCCGUCAAGCAGAGAUCGAGAGCAACAUGGCGACGAAGAUCCAGAGCCACUGGCGUGGUAUGGCUGCUCGAUCUGAGGUGUCUACGCUGCGUGCUAUGGCUGCUGAAGUUGCUGCUGCCAAGGCUGCCGCAGCUGAAGAGGAAGCCGCCAAGGUGGCCGCCAAGAUGGCCGCCGAGGAGGCUGCCCGUCAAGCAGAGAUCGAGAGUAACAUGGCGACGAAGAUCCAGAGCCACUGGCGUGGUAUGGCUGCUCGAUCUGAGGUGUCUACGCUGCGUGCUAUGGCUGCUGAAGUUGCUGCUGCCAAGGCUGCCGCAGCUGAAGAGGAAGCGGCCAAGAUGGCCGCCGAGGAGGCUGCCCGUCAAGCAGAGAUCGAGAGCAGCACGGUUAUCGCAUCUCGAGAGGUAAAUGAGAUGCGAAAGCAGCGUCAAGCGUCUCUAAUGGCUCAAUUGAGUCUUAAGAAUGUAAUGGCGCUGAAAAUACAGUGCUGGUGGCGGAGGUCAGUUAUAGUGAACGAGGUUGCAAAACGGCGACAAGCAGAUCGCCAGGCGAAAAUUGAGGUGAACAACGCACGGAUAAUUCAGGCCACAUGGCGUGGCUAUAAUGGACGGAAUGAUGCCGCAUCAUGGCAAUCUGAGAGAAAUUCUCGGCAAGAGGAGUCUGACCUAGCGGCAUCCCAAAUGUGUCGGCAGCCUACGUUGGUAGAGCUUCAGCUUCUAAGUCAAACAGGACGUUUUUCUAACCUGUCGGACGACAGUGAUGGCGACUCCGAGUUUGAAGACGCACCAAGCUUCGUUGGUGAAGUCCCAUUUGCUCUAGCCUCGAUGCAAUCCCAGGAGUUACUUGACAAUGAACGGGACUCAUCACCUCGACUAUCCCGUAGUGAUUUCGGCGCGCGGAUUUCUACAGGCUCGGUGAACAUGGCGCCUGAGUUUUCAAUUCCUGAGUACAACUCGGCAUUUAAUGACGAUAGAAGUGAUGCGAGCAGCGACAUUUUUGUUGAUGCAAUGGAGGAAACCAAGCUAAUUGAGCAUGGCCUUUACAAUUCAAGUGCCGACGAAGAUCGUCACAGGACGGAAGAAAGCAACAGUUCAGCAUCCGACCUUGCCACGGAUACAUCUGUUUGUGAGCCUGGCACUUUUCCACCUUCACCUAUAAUGGAAGAGAGCCUCGAGAAGGCCGGCAGUGAGCGUCCAAGCAGCAGCAUAUCCGAUUUCGAUCGACCAUCUUCUGUCCGCUCUGGGUCUUUCAUCCAAGAUAUGUCAUUUGACUUGGACAAACCUCGUGGAAGUUUGGCAUCAAGUUCGCUAAGUGGAAUAUCUCAAACUCGUGAUGAAUCAUCUACUGACCCGUUCCGCUCUCCUCGAGAUUCAUAUGCUGACUCGACACGGUCUCGCAACGAUUCUUAUGCUGAUGUGUCCCGGCCUCGCGACGAUUCUUAUGCUGAUGUGUUCCGGUCUAGUGACAACUCGUAUGAUAGUGAGUUCCGGCCACGUGGGGACUCGUACGAUGAUGUUCUCUCCAAGUCUCGUACCGACGAAGAGUUUCGGUCUCGCAACUAUUCUUAUGCUGAUGUGCUCCGGUCUAGUGACAACAACUCGUACAAUGGUGAGACCCGGUCAUGUAGGGAUUCGUACGAUGAUGUUCCCUACAAGUCUGGUAAUGAUGAAGCGAAUCUUAGCGAUGCGGAAAACCGAGAAGGCCUGAAGUACUUCGAUUCUGAAAGUGACCGCGAAAGCUCGUUCAUCAGUGAUUAUCCGGUGACGGGACACAAUACCAACGAAAUCGAGAAGAACGAGGCGCAUGAAGAGGAAGAAGCUGUACACAAGAAAAAUGGCAGCCGCUGGCGUGGUGCAAGCGUGCUUAGUGCGCUUUCAAGUCGUCAUUCGAGCAAACCGACAAGUUCACCCGCGUCAUCUUUCGAAGAUGAGGAAAAAGAUGAGACGAAAGGACGUAUGAGCGUUAUGCCUUCGGUUUCUAGCUUGAGCUCUGUUGCUACUAUGCUCACCCGAAAGCUUUCUGUCCCGAUGAGCAACUCUACUAGCACGAAAUCGUCUGAAGCUGAGACUGAAGAAUCGAUCGUGGUCUCACCGCUGGCACAGCAGGUUCCCAAGACUAAGUCUCGUUUUGGCCGCUUUGCUGCUCCAAGUGUGUCCAAGUCGUCCUUCCCAACGCGUUUCGCCUGGAAGAGCUAA